GUGUGUGUGUGUGUGUGUGUGUGCACAUACCUCAGCAAGCAGGUCGGACAUAUCCUGCAGCAUUUGGAUUACAUUUUUAUAUCUUUUUUUUAAUAUAUAUAUAUAUAAAUAUAUAUAUAAAACAACGCCAUUAUGUUGUGGACGGCGAGUCAAGUCUUUAGGAAAUUCUCCACCACGUCCAAUUACUACCAGAAUAAGCUUAAGCUCGCCAUAAUUGGCCAGAGCUUAUUCGGCCAGGAGGUGUACAGCAACCUGAGGAAGCAGGGUCACAAGGUGGUGGGCGUGUUCACGGUCCCCGACAAGGACGGCAAGGCCGACCCCCUGGCGGCGGCAGCGGAGAAGGACGGGACGCCGGUUUUCAAGUUCCCGCGCUGGCGGAUCAAGGGGAAGCCCAUCCCGGAGGUGGUGGAAGCCUACAAGGCGGUGGGCGCCGAGCUCAACGUCAUGCCCUUCUGCUCCCAGUUCAUCCCCAUGAACGUCAUCGAUGACCCCAAGCACGGCUCCAUCAUCUACCACCCCUCCAUCCUGCCCCUGCACCGAGGAGCCUCAGCCAUCAACUGGACCCUGAUCCACGGCGAUAAGAAAGCUGGAUUCACAGUGUUCUGGGCCGACGACGGACUGGACACCGGACCCAUCCUGCUGCAGAGGGAGUGUGCUGUGGAGCCCAACGACACCGUGGACACAAUCUACAACCGCUUCCUCUUCCCAGAGGGCAUCAAGGCUAUGGUGGAGUCGGUGCAGCUCAUUGCUGACGGGAAGGCCCCUCGGAUUCCCCAGACAGAGGAAGGAGCGAGCUACGAAGGCAUUCAGAAGAAGUCCAACUCCAAGGUCAACCUGGCCCAACCGGCCGAAGCCAUCCACAACUGGAUCCGUGGCCAUGACAAAGUCCCCGGUGCCUGGACCGUCGUCGAUGGUCAGUCUGUGACCCUGUACGGCUCAUCCAUGCUGGGGGGGUCGGUACCCGCCGGUCAGCCCCUGGAGAUUGAGGGGGCGUCCCAGCCCGGCCUGGUCACCAAGAACGGCCUGGUGCUGUAUGGAAGCGAUGGGAAAGCCCUCCUGGUGAAGAACCUGCAGUUUGAAGACGGGAAGAUGAUCCCUGCCUCUAAAUACUUUUCCUCUGGGGAAAGCUCCAGCGUGGAGCUGACUGAUGACGAAAAGAAGAUGGCGGAGGAGAUCAGGAACAUCUGGAAGGGCAUCCUCAGCAAUGUCCCAGCCAUUGAGGACAGCACAGACUUCUUCAAGUGCGGAGCCGCCUCCAUGGAUGUGGUCAGGCUGGUGGAGGAGGUGAAGCAGAAGUGCGCCGGCGUCCAGCUGCAGAAUGAGGACGUGUACAUGGCUACCACCUUCCAGGACUUCAUCCAGAUGUUCGUCCGCAAGCUGAGAGGGGAGGACCAGGAGGAGGAGCUGGUCAUUGACUAUGCAACGAAGGAAGUGAACAACAUGACACUGAAGAUGCCAAACCAGUGUUUCAUCAACGGCAAGUUUGAGGAUGCAGAAAAUGGCAAGGUCUACGACACCAUCAACCCUACGGACGGAUCAGUGAUCUGCAAGGUGUCCUACGCCUCGGUGGGGGAUGUGGACCGGGCGGUGGCGGCUGCCAAAGAGGCUUAUUAUAGCGGACCCUGGGGCAGGAUGAACCCUAGAGACAAGGGGAGUCUGCUGUACAAGCUAGCAGACCUGAUGGAGGAACACCAGGAGGAGCUGGCCACCAUCGAAUCAAUCGACUCUGGAGCUGUGUACACGCUGGCCCUCAAGACACACGUAGGCAUGUCCAUCCAGACCUUCCGAUACUUCGCCGGCUGGUGCGACAAGAUCCAGGGCAAGACGAUCCCCAUCAACCAGGCCAGGCCCAAUCGCAAUCUGACCUUCACCAAGAGAGAGCCUCUGGGUGUGUGCGCCAUCAUCAUCCCGUGGAACUAUCCUCUCAUGAUGCUGGCGUGGAAGAGCGCCGCCUGCCUCGCGGCGGGGAACACGCUCGUUCUCAAACCUGCACAGGUCACUCCGUUGACGGCGCUGAAGUUUGCCGAGCUGUCAGUGAGAGCUGGGUUUCCGAAAGGAGUCAUAAACAUUUUGCCAGGCUCAGGUGGUAUGGUGGGACAGCGUCUGUCCGACCACCCAGACAUCCGAAAGCUGGGCUUCACUGGCUCCACCCCCAUCGGCAAACAGAUCAUGAAGAGCUGCGCUCUCAGCAACCUGAAGAAGGUUUCUCUGGAGCUGGGGGGGAAGUCGCCUCUCAUCAUCUUCAGUGACUGCGACAUGGACAAGGCUGUUCGCAUGGGCAUGAGCUCCGUGUAUUUCAACAAGGGGGAGAACUGCAUCGCUGCAGGACGUCUGUUUGUGGAGGAGUCCAUUCACGACGAGUUCAUCAGCAGAGUGGUGGAAGAGCUCAAGAAGAUGAAGAUUGGAGACCCCCUGGACCGCUCCACGGACCACGGCCCGCAGAACCACAAAGCCCACCUCGACAAGCUGCUGGAGUACUGCGAGGUGGGACUGAAGGAGGGAGCGACGCUGGUGUACGGAGGGAAGCAGGUGGACCGGCCAGGUUUUUUCAUGGAGCCAACAGUGUUCACUAAUGUGGAGGAUCACAUGUUCAUCGCUAAAGAGGAGUCCUUCGGCCCCGUUAUGGUGGUGUCCAAAUUCAAAGAUGGCGACGUGGAGGGCGUGCUGCAGAGAGCCAACGACACUGAGUACGGCCUGGCCUCGGGUGUGUUCACCCGCGACAUUAACAAGGCCAUGUACGUGAGCGAGCGGCUGGACGCCGGAACAGUGUUCGUCAACACCUACAACAAGACCGACGUGGCUUCACCUUUUGGGGGCUUCAAACAGUCAGGCUUCGGCAAAGACCUCGGAGAGGAUGCUCUCAUGGAAUACCUCAAGACCAAAGCAGUGACUGUGGAGUACUGAGGCACAGACUCUCCCAACAAACUCUGACCCACAUCUAAACAGGAGCGGACUCGUCUGUCUGCUUCAGUCAGACAUCCAGCUUCAUUCAGCAUUACUUCUGGACUGUGUGUGUGUGUGUGUGUGUGUGUGUGUGUGUGUGCGUGUGCGUGUGUGUGUGCGAAUGUGUACAGUAUCAAUGAGAGGAGAGCCACAGUUUGGACGUCAUGGACAAUAGACACGUGUGGAUAACGUCCGCCUGUGUAUCUACAGUUAAAACCCUGAGCUGGACGCCUGAUGGGAGCCGAGCUGGCUCUGACUAUUAUCAAGGUUUCGGUUCUAUAAGAGUGUGUUUUACGUUAAAACACCAUUUUCAACCUGAAACCUGUUUUCCCGUCAUUAUAAAUGAUGUAAAUCAGUUCCGUUAAAAAACAACUGAAAUCAUGCCUUUCUAAUUCACUUGAAAUACUACCUUCAUCAAGUACUUAGUUUAUAGAGAUAACUCAUCUGCACAUGAAUGUGAAUGUUGAAGUUUGUGUUCAGGUGUCUUUGGGUUGAGUUUUGAAGUAGCCAGUGCCCUGCGACACAAGACUAAACAGUCAAGCUUGAUUGGCUAGAAAACUAAAUAUAAGUACGUAAAGCUGUUGGCGGUCAAGAUUGAUAAUUGGCAUGAUGGGAAAUCAGGAUUCAGUAAUAAAAGCCAGAGUUACAUUUGGAUCGUUAAUCCACCUAAAAACAGUUUGUGAAGAUAAUCUUAACUCAAGGUCCACUUACCAGGUUUUUUCCCCUAAAGGUUUCCAACCGCGGGACAGGUGUUUCGACACCGUGUGUUUGUUGUAUGGCUGUGGUUUUGUGCCCUGAACCUAACUAUACAUAGUUAUUUUAAGCCCAACCAUCAUGUUUUGCCAAAACCUAAACGUAACUUUCGUUUUUUAACAAAAUGUCUCCCCGUAAAGAAAAAGUUGUUCUGAGUGACACGAAAAAUACCAACAAUUCAUGUCCCUGUACACGAGAACCCAUAGAUUGCAUUUCUUGAUGAUAUCCCAAACUGCCGUGAGACUACGUUCAUAUUUUUCAACAACGGAUCAUUGUUCAAUGCAGUCAAAAGCUUGGGAAAAAGCCAGUAAGUCGACAUUGAGGCAAAGAGUAUCUUAAAGGUACAGUGUGUAAGAUUUAGUUGCAUAUAGUGGUGAGGUUGCAGACUGCAACAUACUGAAAACCGGCCACUGACUCCUCCCUUUCCGAUUGUGUCGAGAACUACGGUGGCCUUCAGGUAACGUUAAAACGUGAAAGUCUCUCUCUAGAGCCAGUGUUUGGUUUGUCCGUUCUAGGCUACUGUAGAAACAUGGAGGUGCAACAUGGCGGACUCCAUGAAGAGGAAGCUCCCUAUGUACUGUAUAUGUGGAGGGCUCAUUCUAAGCUAACAAAAACACAAUUCUUAGUUUCAGGUGAUUGCACACUAAUGACAUCAUAGUUAUGAAUAUUAUAUUCCAUAUCUGCUAAUAGGUCCCCCUAAAUCCUACACACUGGCCCUUUAACACUAGGUUAGAAACCAGUGUUUCACUGCCCCCUCUGGUUGAAAGCUUCAAGUCGGUGUCCCUGUAACCACCCCCAAAGUGAUGUCACAACGUACUCACACACCCUGGAGCACACCUCCACAUCACUGCAUCAAUGUGAGAAGUUAAACCUUCGGAGAUCAUCAACGACAAGAUUUUCAGCGGAUGUUACUGUCUACUAUUAUUUUGUUGGACUAUUAUUUUCAAGGUAAAGAAUGAACUUU